CAAGCAUUUUCCAAACUUUCCACUAUACCACAUCACCCGGCAACAUCAACGAGCCAUCAAUCACCGCCAACACGCCAAAAUCACCAACACUGAUCAGGCAAAAUGGUCCUCGCUGUUGAUCUCCUCAACCCUUCGGCGUCUGCCGAAGCACGUAAGCACAAGCUGAAGAACCUCGUCCCAGCGCCGAGAUCCUUCUUCAUGGACGUCAAGUGCCCCGGCUGCUUCACGAUCACCACCGUCUUCUCCCACGCACAAACCGUUGUCAUCUGCGCCGGCUGCUCGACCGUUCUCUGCCAGCCCACUGGAGGAAAGGCCAGGCUCACCGAGGGCUGCUCUUUCCGCCGCAAGUAGACUUGGCGCCUCGCUACUUCUUCGACUCGCACCAGCACACUACCGGUGAAAAACUCCCCAAAGAUGGGCAACAGCAACAGUGGGCGAUGUAAGGGUGGAACUUGGGAUUGGGAAGGAAAGCACGACGCUAUCUGCUGUAUUCUUGGGGCCUAGGCUGGUAGCUUACGGUUCUGAGUAGCUGGUAGCUUACGGUUAUGAAUGAAUAACUGUGCUGGUAGCUUACGGUUCUGAGUAACUGUGCUGGAGUAAUGAAUACUGCU